AUGGAACUUGGCUUACUAACCGAUGCUGAUCAACCUUUACCUGAGACUACUCUAACGGACGAUUAUGAAGUUGAGAAACCUGACAAAGUUUACUCUUUCCCUUCCACCUAUCUCAAUCCCUCAUUUCAAAGAAGUACCCGACCCACUUUAAAUGUUGAAGAUAAAGAAGAUUCAAGUCGUGAUAUCUCAAAGAGCGAGAGUGCAUCAUUAUCAGUGCCAGAGAUUGAUCUACAUCUCAAUCCAGGUACAUGA